AUGGAAAACGAUGCGCUGAGAAAGCACGAUAUGCACGAAGUCAAAGAACGUGAUCAAGAUGGAUGCGUCGAUGGGGGCAGCAAACUGACCCACAAGUUUGCCGGCCCUCAGUUGUACGAGCGCGUACACGAUCAUUCGCUCAAGCAAAUGCACGCGACAGCAUGUUCCGCUGCCGUUGUAGUGGUGUUCACGACGCUACCGCUUUUCGCAGCAGCCUUCAUGCGAUACCACGCCCAGGUAGAUUUCGUCGCUUCGUCUUUCCCAGGUCUAGCCCAUGAACUUUGUGCGAACGAGCUCGACAAGUAG